ACCCAAUUCAGCGACUUGAGCUUGAACUCCUGUGAUACCUUUCUUCCUCCAAGAUGGGACUUGACACCAAUGGCUUCCAGCAUGAGCCCCAAUGCUGACACCCGCAGCCAUGUUAUAUCUACCUACCACGACCAUCCCAGAUUCAUUUGUGCGAGUUGUUCAGCGGUACUGGCGUUGCAGGACGAACUUAUUAGCAAGUCUUUCUCAGGCAGGGAAGGAAGGGGCUUCCUCAUGCACUCAGCAACCAAUGUGAAGCUGGGAAAGAAGGAGGAUCGCCCACUUCUCACAGGUGUCCACACCGUUGCUGACGUCUUCUGCAUGGGGUGCAAUGACCGUGUUGGAUGGUACUAUCAUAAAGCAGCCGAUUUAUCUCAGAAAUAUAAAGAAGGAAAGUACCUUCUUGAGCGCGAGAAAAUUGUGAAGGAGAAUAACUGGAAAUUGGAUGAAUGAUCCGCGACCCAUUGCAGUUCUACCAGAGGUAGAGUUUGUAUAACGUGCCAUGCUAAUAUACUCAAUUAUCAUGAUAACGUACUCUAAACAUCAAGCAGGAGUAGCUGGCGGCUCAGUGUAUUUUGCUG